AUGGUUGGUCAGGGCUAUGAUGGAGCCUCAGCAAUGUCUGGCAAUUUGAAUAGUGUUCAAGCUCAUGUUCGGAAAGCAGCACCUACAGCUGUUUAUGUACAUUGUAGCAGCCACAGUCUAAAUUUAGCUUUAAACUCUUGUUGCUCUGUUUCUGAAAUUAGAAACAUGUUUGGAAUAGUAAAGGAAACAAUCAAUUUCAUUAAUGAUUCAAUAAAGAGAAGGGAGAUUUUGGAGAGCCAUCUUACCAAUGCAGGUAGCACUUCCCUGAAACUUCCAACCUUUCGUGAAACUCGAUUUAUUGAGAGACAUGGAGCAUUGGUAUUAUUUAAAAAUAAUUAUGCUAUCAUUGUGAGCUCUCUUGAAGAGAUCUUGCAGUUGCCAGAUCGUAAAACGGUUAAAAAAGCCAGGUCUCUUCUUCAUGCCCUUACUGACUCCUCAUUAAUUGUCUCCCUGUGCUGUGCAAAAAAAGUCAUGUGCCUUACCUUACCUCUCUCACGGGGUCUACAAACUGUCAACAAAGAUUUAGUUAAUGCCCUUAAAGGUGUUACUCACGUAAAAGACACCUUGAAAUCAUGGCGCUCAGAUGUAGAUGAAUGGCAUGACGAGUGCUAUAGACCGUAUUCGAUUGCAGAAGGUUUGGCAAGGUCUGUAGAUGCUGAAAUAAGACUCCCUCGCAUUGCAUCAAGGCAAGGACAUCGCAGUAAUGUACCAGCAGAAAAUGCUGAUGAAUACUUUAAGAGAUAUAUCUGGUUUCCAUUCUUAGAUUCUGUGAUCGAAUCAUUAGAAAUACGGUUUACUGACCACAGUCGUCUAGUACAAAAAAUUAUUCCACUUAUACCAUCAGAAAUAAAGGAUAGUAAUUGGGAGGAUAUUCAGGAUUCUGCAAAAUUUUAUGCUGAUUUACUUGCAAUUUCUGAUGAAGAAGAAGUUAGAAAUGAAUAUUUUGACUGGAAAGAAUUUUGCUCUGGUCUUCCUAAAUCAGACAUCUCAAGUUCCCCUUUGGAGGCACUUGACAUUAUUCCAGGACGAUUUAACUAUAUCAAGAAUCUCUUGUUGAUUUUAUGCACAGUUCCGGUUACAACUUGCACUGCUGAAAGAUCCUUUAGUGCUAUGAAAAUUUUAAAAAAUUAUUUAAGAAACAGAAUAACUGAUGAAAGACUAACUGGACUAGCACUUCUGUAUAUUCACCCUGACGUUGAUAUAGACAUUAAUCAAAAAGCCGCCCUACUUGUCUCCACGAGUUCCAAGAACUCACUGACGCUGAUGCCGAGGUCAACCAGUCAAGCUGCAAUGCCUGCAGGCAACCCAAAAUACCACGGGAACACCGAGGGUGGUAGCCUCCGAGAAUCCGGGACGUCAACGGUUCUCGCACGCCACAAACUGCGCCGUUCCCAGUAG